AUGUGCACUUGAUGGCGGAGCGGAAAUUAAUUCUUUCUUCCGGCAAACAUCUGUCGCGGCACUCACGUCGUGUCACACAUAACCAAACUUGAAAUGCCACGUGAAAUCAAAGAAAUUAAGGACUUCCUUCUCAAAGCCAGGAGGAAGGAUGCCAAGUCCGUUAAAAUAAAGAAGAAUGCCGAAAACGUCAAAUUUAAGGUACGCUGCUCUCGAUUUCUCUACACUCUUGUCAUUACCGACAAAGAGAAGGCAGAGAAACUCAAACAAUCGCUACCGCCUGGUCUUCAGGUUAAAGAAGUCAAGUAAACCACCUAUACUUGUAAACGUGAAAUAAAAAUUCUGUAUAAAAGUUA